AUGAACUAACAUGAAUUAAGUUCUGAUGAUUUGGAUCUAUUAUUUAAAGGAAUUUAAUCUAAAUUGGAAGGAAAAGAAGAAAUUAUAAAUACUUUGAUUCCAAAAUUUUAAGAAAAAUACAAAUUUUUCCAAAUGUCAGAAUCCUCUAAAAAGUACAUAUCCUAACUUUAUAUUUAGAUUAUUAGGAAGAUUUUAACUUAGACUAUCAGAAUUGAUGGAAAAAUGUAAGAACCAAAAUUAAUUCAAUUAUUUGGUUGCCAUUCAAUAGAAAUUAAUAACAUUUAAUAUCAUUCAAAUUCUUGAUUAAAUAAAUAACUCAGGAAUCGAAAAUAAAGCAAAAGAUAUUGUACCUUUAUUCAGAUAACCUACAAAUUGGCAAUAAAAUAAUAAAAUAAAUAAAUCUUUGUUUGAAUUUUAUGAAGAUCAUUUUUGGAGAUUAUAUGGCAUUUUGUUAUUGAAUGAGUAUUUAUUUAUUGAUUUUAAGAGAAAACAUAGAAAAUAUGAUACUUUACUAUCAAUCGAAGCAAGAUAAUGUUGAACGGUUAUUAAAGAUAAGUUUAGAAAGAAAUAGAUAAUUUUUUUAUAUUUAACAAUAAAAAUAUCCAUAAUUGGCUACUAUUGAAAAUAAAGCUCAAUAAAUGAAUUUUUCACAAAUUAAUUAUACUAUGGAGACUCCUUACCAAAAUAGAAAUAUUAGAAUGUUUGGUACAUUAACAUAAAAUUAGAAAUUCAAUAGAUUUAAUUCUACAAGUCCUAAAAAAUAUUUAAGAAACAAUAAUAUAAAAAAUGAAUGGAGUCUAGAAAAUGAAACUUAGGUUCUUGAUAUUUUCGAUAAAAGGCCAAGAAUUUAUUCUUAAAAUAAUUCAAAUAGCAUUAUCUUUUCAAACUAAACUGUAAGAGAAAGAACUUAGCAUCAAUCAUUUUCUUAAAACAAUAAUAUCAAUGGAUAAAAUUCUUAAAAUUAAACUCCUCAAAAUAAAAAAAAAAUUAGUUCUAUUGAUUUAAAUUGUAAGUUAUAUAUGAAUUAUUAGAAUCCUUUAAUUAAUUUGUAGUAUCUACAUAAUCAGUUUCUCCUAAAAGACAAUAUAAAAAACCUUAAAUUAAUUAGAACCUUAAUUAGACCUUUUAUCAGUAAUUAUUUCCAUCUCAAAGAACUAAAAAUAGAGCAUUUAUAAUUAUGAAAAGCAUAUUAUUUAAUGAGUCAAAAGGAAUUCAUAAUUAAGCCUACUCUAACAUGUUGUUUAAUUAGAAGUAACUAAAACCAUGA